GGGCGAGACGGCCGGGGCGUGUGAGCCACUUGGCCUCCUGCGCGUCCACGAGGUUCAGAAGGGCUUGACCGGGGCCGCUUUGCCGCGCGACGGUCUCGUCCGCGCGAGUCUCAUCACUCCAAGGGCCAGUGCUCCCGCGAGCCCGCCCACCCGCUCCCGCCGCCGUCGGGGGCUCGGGGCUCCGCGCGGCCCGGGGUGGCCGCCCUCCCGCGUCCGCAGCCGCGCGGGUAGCCGAGCCCGGCGACAGGCGGUGCAGAGCCCGCGCCCCGCCGCCGCCCGCGAUGCUACUCUCUAAGUUUGGCUCGCUGGCGCACCUCUGCGGGCCGGGCGGCGUGGACCACCUCCCGGUGAAGAUCCUGCAGCCGGCCAAGGCGGACAAGGAGAGUUUUGAGAAGGUGUACCAGGUGGGCGCCGUUCUGGGCAGCGGCGGCUUCGGCACGGUCUACGCGGGCAGCCGCAUCGCCGACGGGCUCCCGGUGGCCGUGAAGCACGUGGUUAAGGAGCGGGUGACCGAAUGGGGCAGCAUCGGCGGUGCGGCCGUGCCCCUCGAAGUGGUGCUGCUGCGGAAGGUGGGCGCGGCGGGUGGCGCGCGCGGCGUUAUCCGCCUGCUGGACUGGUUCGAGCGGCCCGACGGCUUCUUGCUGGUGCUCGAGCGGCCCGAGCCGGCCCAGGACCUCUUCGACUUCAUCACGGAGCGCGGCGCCCUGGACGAGCCCCUGGCGCGCCGCUUCUUCGCGCAGGUGUUGGCCGCGGUGCGCCACUGCCACGCCUGCGGGGUGGUGCACCGCGACAUCAAGGACGAGAACCUUCUGGUGGACCUGCGCUCGGGGGAACUUAAGCUCAUCGACUUCGGCUCCGGCGCGCUGCUCAAGGACACCGUGUACACGGAUUUCGACGGCACCCGGGUGUACAGCCCCCCGGAGUGGAUCCGCUACCACCGCUACCACGGGCGCUCCGCCACCGUCUGGUCUCUGGGCGUGCUGCUUUAUGACAUGGUGUGCGGGGACAUCCCCUUCGAGCAGGACGAGGAGAUUCUGCGGGGCCGCCUCUUCUUCCGGAGGAGGGUCUCCCCAGAGUGCCAGCAGCUCAUUCAGUGGUGCCUGUCCCUGCGGCCCUCGGAGCGGCCCUCGCUGGACCAAAUCUCCACCCACCCCUGGAUGCUGGGGGCAGACGGGGGCCCCUCAGAGAACUGUGACCUUCGUCUCUGCUCCCUGGACGCGGACGAUGGGGCCAGCACCACCUCCAGCAGUGAGAGCUUGUGAGGAGCGACCUGCGCCUGCCCCAGCCUUCGAGGGACCUCUCCCACCAGGGCUGCCUGCUCCUUGAGAAGGCAGUGACCUCUGACCCCGGGUGACCUUCACUUCUGGCACCGGGCCCUUCCCUUUGCUUUGAGUGCCUUUUCGAACGCUGCUCUCACAGGACUUGGUUCUCUCGAGCUCUGUCUGUCCAAAGACCUCGGCCGAGGCCAGGCCCCGCCUGUCGGGGGCGGGGCCUGACGCCGAGACCGUCCCUGUCCUGUGCUUCCGCAGGGCGGCCCUGUGGGCACCCAGCACCUCCUCAUCUGACCAAGUUGGACCAAGAGCACUUGUGUCCUGUGGCCUCCUUUCGCCGGGGCACAGAGUCCCCGUGUCCACCCCCGCGCCCGCCCUCACCCCUCCGUGUGCGUCUGGGCACGUCUGCACAAGCAAUGCAACGUUCAGGCCCCGCCCACACCGGCGCGCCGCCUGUGUGCGCGCCUGUGAGCCCGAGAACGUCUAUUUAUGGUGUGACCCCCGCAGAGGUCUAUUUAUUGUUUAAUUUAUUUGUGGGGGGCCCUCCUGGACAGUCCCGUUCCUCCAGGCCCCGGGGCGGGGGGGCGGUGGCCAAGCGAGGGCCUCGGCCCGACCCAACCCGCGCCCGCGGAGGGGCGGGCUUGCGCCACCGGUGGCUCGUGGAAGGGUGGUGACCCCCCAGGGGUGGGCUUUAAAUUAUUGACCUUGUACAGUCCGCUUGUUGGCUCUGGAAGUUGGGGGGUGGGGGGCAGAGUCUCAAGUCAUUAAUUUAUUUUAGCAGCCGUGUUUGUGGCCCUGGUGUGCAGGCGUCAGGGGCGGGGUUCUUUCCGUUCAAAAGUGAGAUGUCUGCAAAUCCUAUUUUUUAUACGGGGAUUUCGAUUAAAUUGUUUUGUAGGUAA